AUGGAUGCAGCUAUGAAGUGGAAAAGCCAAUGGUAUUGGGGUUUGUCCUACAAGGACACAAACAUCUGCUCAGUACAAGCAUCUGCCAUCAAUGGACAAACUAGCAGUAAAUUAGAAUGUGGCUUUCCAGCUGAUGCUGAAUGUGAGAAGAAAUCAUAUGGAGUGAUAACAAGCUCAGCAGAAACAGGAGACAUUCUCAGUUCUCUCACCGCUGUGUGUGGAGAAAAUCUGUAUUUUGCUGCUGGAGCAGGCUACAAAAGUCUUUGUGUGAUUCAAGGCCUUGUAGAUUUUUAUGUGUUUUCUGAGGACACUACAUUUAAAUGGGACAGCUGUGCUCCCCAUGCUAUUCUGAAAUCACUGGGAGGUGGAAUGUUGGAUCUUUCAGAGUGUUUGAAGACUGUAAAGCAGAAGAAAAAGCUUCUUGACAGGCCAGAUCUCUUAUACAAUUCAGAAAUACAAGGAGCAGUAGGAGCAGACAAGUGGGCUAAUAAAGGAGGACUUGUGGCUUAUAGAUCGGAAGAACACCUGGAAUGGUUUUUAGACCUCUUUGUGCAGCAUUUGCAAUUACAAAAUGAAUUACAUCAAUAAUAUGUCUUUUUCCUAUAUUAUAUUUUUAGGCUGUAUUUUUUUAUUAUAUUCAUUCAAUAUACUCCUAUAUUCUUUUAUUACUCAU